AUGACGUUUUGUCCCGAAACAACUCGUCUUGACAAGGCGACUUCGUUGUGUUGCAAAAGUCGAGAGGAAAUUUAUUGCGCCCCACCAUUGGAGCUUGCCAACGACGGGAUUGCCUGCCCCGAUACUCAUCCCUAUAACGAGAGAAAAGGACUCUGUUGUGGCCCAGGACUAAUGCUGCUAAAGCAGGAGGCAAAGAAGAAGCCAAACAGUGAGCUGAGAUCGACAAGUCGGCCGGUUCAUCCGACAACGACGCCAAGAUUUGUCCCGGAGACAAACAAGGAGAAUUCAAGGGUCAUCUUCAGUACUGAGGAGACUCUAACUCGCCACGAAAUCGAGCAACUGAAUCGACAAGGGCUGGACAAACUGAAACGAGUGUAUGCGACAACGACAACCGUUGUACCACCGUUGCGUAGGCGGAAAAGUAAGAAGCACCCGCGACGGAAAAAGAAGCAUCGAAAGGUCAUCGAGAGCGAGGACUUUGACUGCGAUGACUUUGCAUUGCCGGGUAAGAAACGCAAUUUUUGAAAACAGUCCGUUCGCAGACUCUAGAGACUUCGCGAACGGACUAGUAACGUUUAGUCUCUGCUUCAUAUUUGAUUCAGGAUAACACUAAAUUUCCAGGCCGGCAGUCCGACUGCCCGUAUCGUCGUCAUCUCUGCCACAACAAAUCGUUCCACUCUAUUAUGCGAAAUCAAUGUCCAAAAACUUGUGGCUAUUGUAAUCGUCUGCCUGCGGUUGAGGAAGAAAACGUGAUCUACACAAGAAUAACGCCGCAAGACUUCAGCGAGGAAAUCGAUUGCGUUGACAAAGAGGAUGAAAAUGGGGUCUCGGAAUGCCCCAAGAACAAGUUGAAGUGCUUAGCCGGACCGUUUGUCCAUUUUAUGCAAAAAGAGUGCCCAGUUACGUGCGGAUACUGCAAGCGGUAUCUGAAGCGACGGGUGCUGCCACAUAGGGAAAUUGAUAGCCAAGAUUAUGAAUAUUUUUGA